AUGACUUCUCCGCCGCGGCUAAUCGUUGUUUCGUAUCCAGCGUUUCUUUCUUUAGUCUGUGGUACAGUUUAUUGGUCAACAACUGUCCAAGACGAUUCUGAUGAAUUAAUUGUUGUUUUCAUUGUUUCUUAUUUUUCUACAAGUGGUCUGGAUCGAUCAGGUCAUUUACCUUCGAAAGUUUGGUCUGAGAUUAUGACGAACAUACUUCAAAUUGAUUUACCUUGGAUUACAUUACGUUCAAAACUUGUACAAGAAGAAAAACAAGGAAUUCUUUAUAAUACUAUGUUCGAUGAAUAUGCUCGAGAUAAUACGAAAUUUCAAUUUAAUUCUGGUAUUAUGGAAGAUUUAUAUAUAUGGAAAGAUUUGCUUAUACGAUUAUUUAAUUUAAUAGAUCAAGAUCAUUCAGGUUUUAUAAGUCUUAAUGAAUUUUCUGAUGUUCUCAAACUUCUACUUUAUGAUGGCAAUGAUAACGAUGGUAUCAAUGAAGCAAAUAUUGCAGAACUCAGUUCUGCUAUGGAUUUAGAUAAAAAUGGAAGAAUUGAUAUUAAUGAAUUUCUUGAAAGUUUUCGUAUUGCUAAUGUGAAGAAAUCUGGAAAAUUAAAUGAUCAAACAAACCAAUCUGGAUCAUCAAAUAAAAUAGUUCAAAAUACGAACUUAUAA